AUGCAGGUUACUGUAGCUCAGGAUAAAGUGUUAAAUGCAAUAGUAAAUGUGGAUUCGCAAAACACUUGGUACACAUGUAGUUCACAACCAACGAAUUCAAUUAUAUACGAUUUAUCAGUGACAAACGGCAAACAAUCCCCCAAACCACCAGAUUUUGGCAAACAAAAACUCGGCUUUAUCUACGAAGCGACUAGCUCCUCCAUGAAUGGUGUGAUAACCGCGGUACUUAACUCGACAAAUCUCGAAUCGUACCUAGACCCAAAUGCGAAAAAAAUUUAUAUUCGGGUCGCUGCAUCUUGUUACGUUCAACAGCCGGAAAUAGUGGCGGUUACUAGUUGUAAUAUUGAUAAACAGUGGGAUGUGUAUACACCGUUAUGCCUUGCUGUGACAAAUCCUAAUAAGAGACCUAUACAAUUUGAGUUGUCGUUAUCUUUUGAACCCGAUCCUAACGUUUCAAAUAAUACAUCAGAAUUAACAUCGACGACAACAGCGACGACAAUAUUAUCCAUCACCCCGUCGUUAGUAACAACAUCGGGAUCAAAUCUUCCUUCUUUACGUGGAUUACCUUCAUCUUCAGAAGGAAAAUCUUUACCUUACGCUCCUUCUAAUACACAAUCAACAGCGACAACCACCACAACAUUUAGCGAUGGUUCAAGAGUCGUUUCGUUAUGUGAACGAAUGGAUUUAUUUGCAAUUUCCAUUUUAUUGAUCGUUGCGUCAAUGCUUUUUUAA